GGGCCGGUGUCUCUGAGCGGUGCCGAGUGAGACAGCAGCGCUGCUGCCGCUGCCCGUGUGUGUGUGUGUGUGUAGGACUCUUACUCCCCCUCCCCGGGGGGGAGAGCAUUCCUGCUCCCGAUGGCUUCCCGGGUGGAUUAUAUCGCUCCGUGGUGGACUUACUGGCUGCACAAUUUCCCGCAUGUCAACCUCCGCUUGCAGCCAGUGGAUAGCACCUUCAACCCGCAGGAUGGCAACUACCAGCAGGCACUCAUGUUUUUGGCUGUAAUUGCUGCCGUUGGCUUGGCCCUCAAUUUAAUUUUCAUCUCCAUUUACUUAUUAUGCAUCUGCUGCUGUAAGCGAACUGAUGAUGAGGAAAUUAAGAGGCCACAUUCGUGCUGUGUCAUGUGGACUGUUGUGACAGCUGGACUUAUCUGCUGUGCUGCAGUUGGGGUUGGCUUCUAUGGAAACAGUGAAACAAAUGAUGGUGUCUACCAACUUACCUACUCCAUCUACAAUGCUAAUCACACUCUUGCUGAAGUUGAUAGUUUGGUCUCUGGGACAACAAGUGACAUGGAAGUUGAUCUGAAGCAGCAUAUAGCAAGACUUGAGGAGAUCUUUGCUCAAAGAAUGGAGUUUAUUCAGACACUGAAGUUCAUGCAGCAGAUGGCUGAUGCCAUUGUUUCACAACUCUCUGGUCUCCCAACCUGGCAUCAUUUAAAUUUGAACAUGGCAGGAGUAGCUGAUAAUAUCAACCACUAUGAAUAUUACAGGUGGCUGUCAUAUCUUCUGCUCCUCAUUAUUGACCUGCUUAUUUGUCUGAUGACAUUCCUAGGUCUGGCUAAACGAUCCAGGUGGCUUCUCACAAUAAUGAUCUUCAGUGGAGUCUUGACUCUAAUCCUUAGUUGGGGAUCCCUGGGUCUGGAUACCUCUGCUGCUGUGGGGAUCAGUGAUUUCUGCGUGGCUCCAGACAAGUUCAUCAUGAAUAUGACCCAGAAUAAAAUUAAUUCAGAUGUAGUACAUUACUACCUGUAUUGCAGCCACAGCAUAAGUAACCCAUUUCAAAAGAUUCUUUCAAGUUUCCAACGAUCUUUGACUGCCAUGGAUCGACAAAUCCAGGGAAUGAUGUACAUUGCUGUGCCAGUUUUCCCAAUGGCAAAGAAGGACCUUCUUGGGAUACAGCUGCUUCUGAAUAAAUCUGAAUCCAAUUUGCAUCAGCUCACAGCAAUGCUUGACUGCCGAGGACUCCACAAGGACUAUCUGGAUGCCCUGAUCGGUGUGUGUUAUGACGGUGUUGAGGGAUUACUGUACCUUUCACUGUUUUCUAUCCUGGCUGCAGUUGCGUUUUGUGCCAUGAUCUGUGCAAUAUCUUGUGCUUGUAACCACUUAGUAAUCAGAGAUCGAGAUUAUGAUGACAUUGAUGAGCAAGAUCCUUUUAACCCUCAGGCUCGUCGCAUUGCAGCCCAUAACCCAACUCGAAGCCAGGUCCACAGUUUUUAUAGUUUCAACAGUAGUUUGGGCAGUCAGACCAGUCUCCAUCCAUCUGCAAACACAAACCCCAGUCAAACAGCUACCACUGCGCCUGCACCGGAAUACAUGAACAAUACUGUACUUUUCGGUGGAAACCCUCGCUAUGAAAAUGUUCCGCUGAUCGGAAGGAAUUCACCUCCACCUUCGUACUCUCCCAGCAUGAGAGCCACCUACCUUGCAGUGAGUGAAGAACCUACCCGAAUUUAUGGAAAUAUAUGUCCUGCUUAACAACUACACUGCCCUUCAUAACAGAAUUCAAGAUUCCUUAAUGCCAGCUAAAAUAUAUUGUUCUGGCUAAAGCUGUUUCUCACUCUGUGAAGUUUGAAGUGAUAAUUACCACUUGGGAGCAAUAUAGCAUUGUUGAAGAUUGAUGCUGUUAGGCUAUCUAAUGGAUUCUGAGUUUUGGUGCUCAACUGACAGUUAAACUUAAUGCUGGAGGUUACAUCUGAAAAUAAUAUAAAGUUUUUAAGUAUCAUUCUUAUUGGAGGCUUGAUGUGUACUAAGGUGUUGAAUUUAAAUUGACUUGCAAUUAGAAUCUGACAUUCGAAGUGCCUUGUAAAAUGGACAGAUUUUAAAAUGAAAUAGGUAUAAGUUUGAACAUGACAUCCAAGGUGCCUAACUCUAAAUUGAGUUGUGAAAUUGAUUCUAGGGCUGUGAAUUACCUGAAUAUUACCUGCAUAUAACUGUUGGAAUGGUGUGGUUCAUUUCAUUCUUGAGCAGCCUGUAUAGUGCACUUCAGUUAUAUUUAAACACCGCAUCUCCAAGAAAAGCAGAACUAAUCUAAUCUGCUGAAUUCAUGAUACAGUUGGUUUGAUUUAUUUUGGCUAAUUGCAAAGCAGGGUUGUCUGAUUGUUGACCAAUCUAAGACCAGGAUUGUCCCAUCUUUCCAGGGGGUUCAAUCAAAAUUGGCUCUUACAGAAAACCAUGUUGGAGAUAGGGUUGGCAGAAAAUUAGAACAAAUUUGUUUUACGAAAAGAAAUUAAAAUCUCAUAAAAUGAUGGCUCUUUCAGAAGUUCAGUCUGCUCUGAAUUUUGUUCAGAGUAAUUUAAAUGCUCGAUCCCGUUUUUUACUAGAUGAUGAAAUCUAAACUCCCAUGGAAGUCAGUUGUGAUAAAUAUGAAAACCAAAGGCAUGAUAUGUAACCUACAGUUUACAAUUGGCAACAGAAUAUUUCAGUUUGCUUACACAACACUGGAAUAGCAUUUUUCCAAUACGAUGGCCAAAUUCAUUGUCAGAUAUAUGAAGUGCCAGAUUUAAAUUGUCAAAUUCAAAUACGUUCUGUUAGUUACCUUCUAUGAAAUAACUUGACAAUAUUUUACUGACUUGAAUUGUCUGAUACCAUCAUUAUGGUAUGAACACCAUUUAUAGCUUCUUUCUUCCAGGUCUGUUAUCUCCCUAAUGGAACUGCAGGUGCUUCCUGCAUAUUAUCUUAAACUCAGCAAACUAAAAGUGGCCUCCUGAGUUGUACUGUGUGGAGCAAGUAUAAUAUUAAACUAUAUAUCGCAUGUAUAAUUAAAGGAGAGGCUGUGGUUUAAAAUACUACAUGUAUCCCAGUGAAGUGGUUUUGGAUGUAAUUUGCUUUCCAGAAAUUAAGAAACUUAACUUGUUUAUUGAAUCCACAUUCACGUUCUUGAGGGAGUGUCCCGAGACCAGCUUUUCCUCACCAGUUGUACUUAUAUUUCAGUGAUUUACUUGUGAGGAGUAAUACUUUUCUGAGCAAUUGUUAUAUCAUCUGAUUGUAGCCCUGUCUAUACUGCGUGGAACUAACAAAAUUAAUGUCCUCUAAUAUUCUGUCUGUGGAACAAAGUAGCUAUUUUUAAUCUACUUAAGAGAUUGUGUUUGAUGUGUAAUGAAUACAUUGUGUGCCUGAUGUAUGUAUUUCACAGAGCACAGCUUAAAAUAAGAUUCUAAACCAAAUCAUUGGAAAAGGUGAUGAAAUCAAAAAGAAUAUUAUUAUCCAACUUCUAAUCAGAAUGAGGGAAAUGAUGCUGUUUUGACAUUCUUCAAGUAACUGCUCACUUAAUGCUUUCUCGGUUAUGCCAGCAAUUAUUCUAAAUUUCUCUAAAUUAACAUCAUUCAUUCUCCAUUAAUGAAAUUGCUACAAGCUAUUUUUUGGGAGAACUAUCCAUACUACUGGUAAUGGGGAGAUCAGUCAGAAAGAUGCAUUAAAACUGCCCGAGAGAACUCUCUCAAAUCAAACUCAUCCCGUCAACAAUACCAGUUAUGUGAAUAGAAAGCCAUUUUAAUUGUCAUGUGUUUUGCUUUUAUUAUAUAAAUGUUGUGUUAGUAACAGUUAAUUUAGAUGCAUAAGAUCUUAUUAUUGUGUCAACAAUAAUCAUUGUUACUAUAUGAUGACAACAUAUAGUAUUAUUGCAGUACAAAGGGAGUUUAAAACAAAACUUGCUUCAAGUCUGUUUGGUUAAUUAUUUUGUCAAGUUAGUCCCUAAAAAAAUUAUUAAGUGGGUAAAAUGAAGAACUUUAUAGCUAAAAUUGAUCAUUAUACAUUAAAUGACUAAUAGACAUUACCUGUCUUUACAUAGUUGUGAAAAUACUAAUUACUUCAUUUAAUUUAUUGUUAAUUAUUUCACUCCAAAAAAAAGUGUUAACUUUGUCUUCAAAAUUUGAUAUUUAAGGUAGUAAAGCACAAUUCAAAACCCAUUUGUGACUAUUCAAACAUGCUUAAUUUUCCCUUCAACUGGUAUAGUAGGCCUAAACUGCUCUAAAAUUAAGGGGACGAGAUUUUAUCUUUGCUUUUGGCAUAGUCUUUAGACUCCAGAAUUCUGAUCCAAUGAGACCUUGUAUUACCUAGACAGCACGUAUAAUUAAUGGAAUCUAUUCUAAUGCUGUUGCCAAGGAUUUUGCACUUCUAGAAUACAGAUUAAAGAGUUUUUCCUUUAUUGAAAGUCACUGAUUCAUAGGAAUAUCAUGCAAAGCUCACCUACUGUAUAAUUUUUCUCCACUAAUGAAUCUUCUGUGACUUGCUUUGGGUGAAACCUACAAAAAAUGUAAGAUAACCAUUUUGAUUUUCAUAAUGUUUGACUGCAUGGUUAACUUACCAUGUGAUAAGCUAAUUUAUGUUUUACCAACUCAUUAAUUUCAAUUAAAAAAAAGUUCUUACAGAUUAAUACUUUAACACGCUUUGAGGCAUUAAUUUCCAUUAUAUAGACUGAAAACAUAUACUAAAAUUAAGUUUUUUUUGUGGAAUGGCACUCUUUUUCCUGCGAAAUUGGUAGGGAAGAAAGGAAACACAAUGCAAAAAAACUGUCAUGAAAUAACUAUUUUGUGAUUUAACACUGGAAAAUUAUCUCAAAAUCAAACAGAGCACAAGUGGUUAGAUUCAGAUUCAAUUAACAAGACCACUUUAUAUUUUUGGCUAGAUCCACCUCAGGGAUGAGCAAUGAACUUUGCUUAUCAUGAGCUAUUAAGAAUUAUACAGCAAUUGAAGUGUUUGGCAUCCAGUCUAUUCAGUACUGACUGGCUAGAACAAAGUCAGUGUUGGAAUGCAAAAGUUCUUAGACCAUUGGAAUUGCUGAGAUACAUUUAUCUCUAAUAAGAUAUUCUCAUUUUAUACCAUGCAGUUAAUUUCAGUUCAGGUUUUUUAAUAACACGAUUUUUGUAAAUGUGUUGAAUUACGUCAACACAGUUCUCAAGGUAUUGAAUUAGGAAUUUUUUUAUUCUUCUGUGCAGAGAAGUAACCGUCUUGCAAUGAAAUAUGUAACUAUACAGAAUAAAUUAUUGAUUUUCAAUAAACAGUUUAUCUUCAUUAUG